ACUCUCUUCCUGGCAUCUCACCUGCAUCCUGACUCCGCUCCAGACUCCAAGACUCUCCGGGACCCUCCAGACCGUCCAGUCCAGGAUCCAGACCAGCAUCAUGGCGGGCAUCGCGACCACCCUGCAGCACCACCGGGAGAAGAUCCAGGGCAUCGGCAGCAACAGCCGGGCGGUGAAGUACCUGAACCAGGACUACGAGGCUCUGCGGCAGCGCUGCUUUGAGACCGGCCAGCUGUUCCAGGACGAGACGUUCCCCGCCCUGCCCUCCUCCCUGGGCUUCAACGAGCUGGGCCCGAGCUCCUACAAGACUCGCGGGGUGUCGUGGAGGAGACCCACGGAGUUGACCUCUGACCCCGAGUUCAUCGUCUCUGGAGCCACGAGAACUGACAUCUGUCAGGGAGCUCUGGGUGACUGCUGGCUACUCGCCGCCAUCGCCUCUCUCACCUUGAAUGAGGAAGUUCUGGCUCGAGUCGUUCCACAUGGACAGAGCUUCAGGGAAGGAGAGUACGCCGGGAUCUUCCACUUCCAGUUCUGGCAGUUCGGGGAGUGGGUGGACGUGGUGAUCGACGACCGUCUGCCCGUCAAAGACGGAGAGCUGAUGUUCGUCCACUCAGCUGAAGGCAGCGAGUUCUGGAGCGCUCUGCUGGAGAAGGCCUACGCCAAGGUGAAUGGCUGUUACGAGGCUCUGUCUGGAGGAUCUACGACUGAGGGUUUCGAGGAUUUCACGGGAGGAAUCGCUGAAGUCCACGAGCUGAGUCGACCCAGUCCACACCUGUUCCACAUCAUCCAGAAAGCUCUGAACCGGGGAUCCUUGAUGGGCUGCUCCAUAGAUAUCACCAGCUCGGCCGACUCAGAGGCAGUCACCUCUCAGAAGCUGGUGAAAGGCCACGCCUACUCUGUGACAGGUGCAGCCGAGGUGGAGUAUCGUGGUGACAGCGAAAAGCUGAUCCGGAUCCGGAAUCCCUGGGGUCAGGUGGAGUGGACCGGGGCCUGGAGUGAUGAUUCGGCGCAGUGGCGUUACAUCAGCGAUGAUGACAGAGAGCGUCUGAGCCAUCGUUCAGAGGACGGAGAGUUCUGGAUGUCUUUCUCUGACUUCCUGCGACAUUACUCCCGGCUGGAGAUCUGUAACCUGACGCCUGACGCUCUGAGUGACGACAGCUUAACUAAGUGGGCUCUGAACAAAUUCGAAGGCAGCUGGAGGAGAGGAUCCACUGCCGGCGGCUGCAGGAACUAUCCCAACACGUUCUGGACCAACCCUCAGUUUGUGAUCCGGCUGGAUGAGGAGGACGACGACCCCGAUGACGGAGAGGCCGGCUGCAGCUUCGUGGUCGGUCUGAUACAGAAGAACCGCAGACGCAUGAGGAAGAUGGGAGAGGACAUGCACACCAUGGGCUUUGCCAUCUACGAGGUUCCUGACGAGUUCUCUGGUCAGAGGAACGUCCACCUCAACAGGAACUUCUUCCUGCGUCACGCCUCCGCCGCUCGCUCUGAGACCUUCAUCAACCUGCGAGAAGUCUGCAGCCGCUUCUGUCUGCCGCCGGGAGAGUACCUGAUCAUCCCGUCCACGUUCGAGCCGCACAAGAAUGGAGACUUCUGCGUCCGAGUCUUCUCAGAGAAACAGGCCGACUUCCAACAGCUGGACGACCCCGUCGAGUCCAGAGUGGAGAAGAUUGAGAUUGACGAGGACGAUGUGGACGACCGGUUCAGAGGUCUGUUUGGACAGCUGGCGGGAGGGGACUGUGAGAUCAGCGCCUUCGAGCUGCAGAAGAUCCUCAACAAAGUGGUGACCAAACGAUCUGACAUCCAAACCAGCGGCUUCAGCAUCACAACGUGUCGUAACAUGGUCAACCUCCUGGAUAAAGACGGCAGUGGGAAACUGGGUCUGCUGGAGUUCAAAGUUCUGUGGACCAAGAUCGAGAACUACCUGAACAUUUACCGUCAGAAGGAUGUGGAUAACUCGGGGACCAUGAGUUCCACAGAGAUGAGGACGGCUGUGGAAGAAGCUGGGUUCAGUCUCAAUAAUCCUCUUCACCAGGUCCUGGUGGCUCGUUACAGUGAACCAGAUCUCACCAUCGACUUUGACAACUUUGUGGGCUGUCUGGUUCGUCUGGAGACCAUGUUCAACACGUUCAACACGUUGGACAAAGACGACUCAGGAACCGUCGAGCUGAACAUUUUCGAGUGGCUGAACGUGUCCCUGCUCUGAAGAACCAGGACCAGGACCAGGACCAGGACCAGGACCAGGACCAGCCUGAUCCAGAUCCUGGAAAAAGGGACAGAACAAAUCUGCCUGAAAUAUUUUGCAUGUGGUGAAUGGAGUUUGUUUUUAUUCUAAUCAUGAGGGAGAGGGACGUUAGUGAGGUCAUCAUCGUCAUCACCAUCAUCAUCAUCAUCAUCGUCACACUAUGAUGUCAUAUGAAGCGUCACCACAGGUUUUGAACUGUUUAUUGUUGUUGUUUACUUUGAUGCUUUAAUAACAAACUGUAACGACCUUGUUAAAAAUAAUGAAUAAUAAAGAUAAUUAAUAACAGGAUC